GGGAACAUUAUUAAAUGGAUUCAUUAUAAUGUCCGGAUUGUAUUAUCGUCCUAGUACAAGUGAACUAAAUUCAGAAGUGAUGAACCAAGAAGGAGAUGAUGAGAGCCCAUUAAACAGUUUACUAAACGAUGUUCCAAAUUAUAUGCAACCUGACCCUAUAAAAUCUAAACUUAAUUCAGCUGUGAAAUCAGAUAAAAAGAAUAUCAAAGAUGAUUCUGUAAAUAUUAAAAAAAUUUCUUCUCGUUCUAGUGAUCAACAUCGUUAUCAUCAAAAAAAUAAUCCGAAUUAUGAUGUAAAUCAAUCACAAGAUGAUCAUAAUUUAUCAGAGAAACAAUCAUUACUUAAUCAAAAUUCUAAAUAUUGGCCACAAUAUCUUAGCUCAGAUUAUUUAGGUCCAAUGGAAAAAAUUUUGAAUUCAACAAUUGGGAUUGAUCUACUUAGAGAAAUACCAGUCAGUCGUAAAGAAGCAUUAAAUUUACUUGUUAUUAUGAAGAAGAAAUUACUUAGAGCAGCAAGUGAAUUGACAUUUUACAAAGAACGUGUUACUAUAUUACAAGAUCAAUUAAUUCAUCAAAAAAGGAAUGAAGAGAAAUUGAUUCGACUUCAAGCUGAAUUCAAAUCUCAAUCAUUAGAUUUAGAUAAACUUAACAAACAAGUCUCAAGAGUCCCAUUAUUGGAGAGAACAGUUAAACAACAAGAAGAACUUAUUUGUCGAUUAGAAACACUUCUUGAACGUCAAAGAAAACAAGCAUUAAAUGCAAAUCAUUCCAAUUAUUCAAUGAAUCCAUUAAAUACAUUAGAUAAUGAAUUAUUAGAAUCAUUUAAUGAUAAAUCAAUGAUCAAUUAUCCAAAUGUUCAUUCAAAUAAUUCAAUGACAACAAUUGCAUUAAGAAAUUUAUCUAAUGAAAAUGAACAAUUACGUAAUACUAUAACUGAAUUAAAUAGAACUGUAUGUAAUUUAGCUAAACAACAACAAGAUAAUAAUGAAUAUCAUCAAACUAUUGAACAAAAAUAUCAUGAAGAAAUUCAAGCAUUAAAAGAACAACAAAAUCGUUUAGAAGAACAAACAUUAUUGAAAAAUAAAAGACUUGAUCAAAUUGAAAAUGAAAAAUUUCGAACAGUACUUGCAGAUAAUGAACGAUUAGAAUUGUACAAAUUAUUGGAUAAUGCUGAAUUAAGAAUCAAAGCAUUAGAAGAAGAGCUUGAACGUCAAGAUAUUAGAGUACCAAGAAAUUCUAAUGAUAUAGGAGCUUCACGUAAAUCUAAUUUAUCAAAAGAAAAUGCUUGGAAAUACUCUGGUCCAACUAAAACUAGACAAUCUUUCCCAUUGUUAAAUAGAGAAAAAGAAAAAUGUCAUCUUCUUCAUUACCAACAUAAACAUGUAGCCAAUGUAUAUGCAAAAGAACCAUUUGAAUCCUAUGAAUCAAUUACAUGUUUACCUAAUCAAUAUAUAUCUUCAUAUCAUAUACAUAAUAAUAGUAAUAAUAGUAAUAAUAAUAAUGAUAAGUACAACUAUGAUUUAAACAAAGAUGAUAACAACUUUUAACCUUUUGUCAUUAUUACUUUUCUCCUUCAUGUGCUUUAUUCAUGUUGUAUUUGGGGUUUGAUUAAAACUUAUUUUAUUCAUAAACUAACUACCUCAAUGAUGAUGUAUACGUGAGUAUUUUUCCAUUCAUUUUCAUUUUCACAUAGCAACCAUUUGUUUUAACGACUUAUUUUGUUUAAUUUAAAAGAGAAAAAUAAAAUAAACCAUCAACUAUGACUUUAUUUGACUUAAUUGACUUGGUAUUGUUUUACUUGUAUCUUCCCAUUG